AUGUUGAACAGGAGCCAGUCCACUGUAAAUACGGAGGCGCCACAGCCGGUGACGACGGCAGCACGAGUACGACAGCUGCCAGUAGCUCAGCUACGCCGAGACCCUGAAUUGUGGGCCGCCUACACGCGUGGAUGGGAUGACCGCGAAGCAGUGUUGAAAAGGGAAACAAGCUGCGACCCAGUGACAGGAGCUACCCGCAGAACCUGUGCAAUGGCCAGCAGCUCAAGACAGUCGACCAACGCACCUCGAACAACACCACCGACAAUCCGACCACCACCCCGUCCGCUGAUGGCCACAAUAAUACCACGCCCUGCAACAAUCCGACCACCACCCCGUCCGCUGAUGGCCACAAUAGUGCCACGUCCCGCAAUAAUUCAACCACCACCCCCGUCCGCUGAUGGCCACAAUAGUGCCACGUCCCGCAAUAAUUCAACCACCACCCCAUCCGCUGAUGGCCACAAUAGUUUCACGUCCCGCAAUAAUUCAACCACCACCCCGUCCGCUGAUGGCCACAAUAAUACCACGCCCUGCAACAAUCCGACCACCACCCCGUCCGCUGAUGGCCACAAUAGUGCCACGUCCCGCUAUAACCCAACCACCACCCCGUCCGCUGAUGGCCACAAUAGUGCCACGUCCCGCAAUAAUUCAACCACCACCCCGUCCGCUGCUAUCAACACCACCCACACCGCUGAAAAAAGCCGUCGCCGCACCACCACCGAAAUUGAAUAA